CAGUGCUAUAAUAAUGCGAGGAGCUUUCAAAUAUCCCCAUAUUGUGGUACUUUGUGGAAGUGAGAGGCAACAGCGCGAGCGCUGAGGCGGCCAGCCGCAACAGCUGUUUGAGGCCUGGCACGUGCACAGGCUUGGCGCCAAAGCAAAACAARUGAGAGAAUUUCCUUGCCGCUGCGAGAGCUGUUCCCAUCCAAUCACAGCUGUGUGUUGUCAAACGUCAAAGUGAUGCUGCUGCUGCAAGCGCUGCUGCUGUUGCUGCUGCCGCCGCCAUGGCUUCGGCUUCAUGCGCUCGACGUAAGCGACGUUAGUUCGUGAGGCGCUGGCUGAGCAGUAACGUCACGGUCACGGGUAACGGUACCUUUGAGACAGCUGUAUCCAUUCCUAACGUCGAACAGAACGUGCGUUGCAAAAGUGUUUAUAAAGCAUUUAUCAAACAAAUUAUAAUUUGCCAGCCACGCUGCUUGAAUAAAAGUAUUGAAAAGUGCUGCGAAUGUAAAUAUGUUGAUUCACUGAGCGUGCGAAUAUUAAAUUGAACUGAUGUGAAUUUAAUGUGGAAUACGCUUUAAUCAAUAAGCUAUCAGCAGGCGGCAAAAUAUGUAAAGUAUGCUAACUUCAAAGACGCAACACACACAUACACACACAGCCACGCGCUCUUGUAUAUGUGUGUAUCAGUGAAGCGGCGCCCACUUUGCGGCAAAGUGCAGUGUGAAAUGCCAAAGUGAGGAGAUGUUGUGAGACAAAAAAGGGACUCGAAAGCAGCUGUUAUUGUUAUUGUAGUUGCUGUUGCUGUUGCUGUUGCACAAACGGGGUCAAAAGUUCGUGUGUAAGUGAGCCCCCAACACUGUCUGCCUAAUUUCGCCGCAUCCACUAACUAACAGCACUAAUACUUGUUAAAAGCUYUCAAGUGCUCGCGUGUGUGUGACUGACUGACUGUUGGUGUGUGAAAGUCAGUGGGAGAGAGAAAGAGAGAGAGAGAGGGAGAAGACGCUGGCCAGACAAAAGCGUCAGACAAGUGCGCCAAAAUAGCCUACGGAUAGACGCACACACACACACAUUCAACUGAGAGUGGUGUAAAAACACAGUUGCACACAUACACAUGCACACUUAUGCAUAGAUCUUCAUAUGUAUUUAUAUAUGUGUGGCAACGCAAAGACAAACUGGGCCAAUUCGCGAGUGAGACAAAAAGCCAAAAGGAAAGUGCAACAAAAAGUAGCAAAAAAAUAAAAAAUAAAGAAAGCAUAAGGCAAAAAGAAAACUUCUGCCACAUUUGUCAAUGACUGAGGCCAACGACUCGCGUGACUCGAGGCAUAACAAUAACCGACUGCUGUCCCGCUCUCUCGGUCUCUGGGUCGCUCUUUAGGCAAGCAUCGCGCUUAAAACAGUGGCUGGGCAAUAGAAAAAGCAAACAGCGUACGACUCUGCUUCUGGGCCAAAACAGAGUUGCCUUUUGUGCCCCGGCUUGGCAAUUGGCCAAGUUAAUAGAGAGCGUGGGCAGACGCCAAUAAUGACGUUGCUGCUGCAGCAGCUGCUCCUGAUGUUGAUGAUGACGUCGCUAACUUGGUUAUUGCUGCUGCCAGCAUAGAAAAUUGUCAGACACCCAGACCGAGCCAAAGGCAGACCUAAAAUAAAACAAAGGCAUUCGCCCAGCUCGCCCCCGCUGCCCGCGGCGACUCACUGCUGACCGAGUACCAGGGCUAGGAGCCAGGAGCCGGGAGUCGGCUUACUGCAUUUCCGGUUGUUGUUCCUGUCGCCGCUGUCACCAUGCCGCCACUCCAUAUGGCCGAGAGCAAYGGCAUGGCCUGGCCGCUCCUGCUCGCUGUGAUUGUGAUUGUGCUCAGCGAUAUGACAAAUGGCGGCGUACAUGGACCCAUCGAGGGCUACAACUCGCUGGAUGAGCUGGCAACGACGCCGUCAGGACUGGCCACGAUUCCCACUGCCGCCUACACGCAUCCCAAAUGGAUGGAGCCAUAUUUUGAUCCCUCGACGCCCCGCAAUGUCACCGCCCUCAUGGGCAAAUCCGCGUAUCUCAGUUGCCGCGUGCGCAAUUUGGCCAACAAAACGGUAUCCUGGAUACGGCAUCGGGACAUACACAUAUUGACAGUGGGCUCCUAUACGUACACGUCCGAUCAGAGGUUUCAGGCCACACAUCACCAGGACACCGACGACUGGACGCUGCAGAUAAAAUGGGCCCAGAAGCGAGAUGCGGGCAUGUACGAGUGCCAGAUAUCAACCCAGCCCGUUCGCAGUUAUUUUGUACGUCUAAAUGUUGUCGUGCCAACGGCGACCAUACUUGGCGGACCUGACCUUCAUGUUGAUAAAGGCAGCACCAUAAAUCUCACUUGCACUGUGAAGUUCAGCCCCGAGCCGCCGGCCUACAUAUUCUGGUACCAUCACGAGGAGGUCAUUAAUUAUGAUUCAUCAAGAGGCGGCGUGUCGGUAAUUACCGAAAAGGGCGAUGUGACAACCUCAUUUCUGCUCAUACAGAAUGCAGAUCUGGCCGAUUCCGGCAAAUACUCGUGCGCCCCCUCAAACGCAGAUGUUGCCAGUGUGCGUGUGCAUGUUCUAAAUGGUGAACAUCCGGAGGCAAUGCAAACUGGCUCAUCCGGUUGCCAGUACAAUUGGCUGACAAUUGUCAUGCUGCUUGGCCUCGUGCUCGGCUACAGUCAGCGGCAGCAGCAGCAUUGUGCCACUCUUGCCUGCAACAGAGACAGCGUCACGCUCGCGGCCAGUGAAAGUGGCAGACGUAGAACAGCAGGAGCACCAACUACAGCAGGAGCAACGACUACAGCAGCAGCAGGAGCAGUAGCAGCGAAACGGACUGCUGCUGGCCAUGAUCAGGCCACGCCCACUCCCACGCCCACGUCGAAGCUAAACGCUGCUGUCACAGAUGAUCGCAGAGCGGCAUCGAAUGUGGAAACUAAACAACGCAUGUGA